CUUAUCCGUUUUCGUCGCUCGACUGAAACAAGAAUCGAUUUCAUCAUGUCUGGAAGAGGCAAAGGUGGUAAAGGACUCGGAAAAGGAGGCGCUAAGCGUCACCGUAAAGUGCUUCGCGAUAAUAUCCAGGGAAUCACCAAACCUGCCAUUCGUCGUCUAGCUCGCCGUGGCGGAGUCAAGCGCAUCUCCGGUCUGAUCUACGAGGAGACUCGCGGUGUGCUGAAGGUGUUCCUGGAGAACGUGAUCCGCGACGCCGUCACCUACACCGAGCACGCCAAGAGAAAGACCGUCACCGCCAUGGACGUUGUGUACGCGCUCAAACGACAGGGACGCACCUUGUACGGCUUCGGAGGAUAAACCGCUUUCAGAUCAGAAAACAAACCCAACGGCUCUUUUAAGAGCCACCCACACUUUCACUUGAAGAGACAAAAGUUUAAUUCUUGUUGGUGCUGUUCGUGAAAACUAAUACGAUGUCUGUCUAUGAACAUUAUAGUUCCGAGUCAUUUAAUUAGAAUAUCAUCAAAAACAUCGGUUCAGUAAUUCCAUUAAAAAAGUGAAACUUGAACAUUAUAUUCAUGCACACACUCCAAUAAAGAGACUUGAGUUUUAUGUUGUC